AUGCGGACUUAUUACAUCCCAAAGAACCGAUUUCAAGACUACCAAGACGCCGUUCGUGAGAGUCAAACAAAUGCGAGAUGGAGAUACGACCUUCGAGUGCUCGAGGACCGACACCAACAGAACCGACUGGAAGACUGGAAUGAGUUUCGGGCAGUCUACUAUCGAAGGCUCAAAGCUUGCGAGAAACGGGUUGCGCCGGCACAUGCGAAUCUACUUGUCAGGGAGAAGGAAUUCGAAGAUGCCAAAGCACGACUGAUCGAUGUUAUUACUGAUACUCAGGUUCUGCAUAGUCGAUUCAGCGAAAUUAGAGCCUCACAGAAAGAAGUGGCGAAAGCGAAAUCUAGAGUGGAGUCAGCCGAGGAGGCGUUGCGAGCAGCAAAACAAAGCAGGUCAAAGAGAAAGGCAGCGUUAAUGAGGAUGGCGCACCAGGAAGUCGCUUCUGCGAGGGACAAUUUAAAGCAGGUAUCUGGUACCGAGGAGAUGAGAAGACUCCGUGAUGGCAUAUCUGGGACGUGGCCUUUCCUGCUCGAUUUCGGGGGAGGAACAAGACCAGGAGUGGCCUUAUCGACUCCGACGAACCUGAUGCCGUUCGGUGGAACCAUUACAAACGGAAACUGGCAAAUCGAAGCCGGCCAACAAUGGCUCAAAUUCGCUGACAAAUUCGGUUGGUCGGCUCUCGGGCUGGUGACCCGAGACUGGUUCAUUGAGGAGAACAAGCUGCUAGCCAAUGACCGAAUUUUCUCGGUGGAAGCUUGUUUGACCUACUGGGGCGUUCGAGUCGCGCACAAGGGUUGCCUCUAA